AUGUGGCUGCUAGAAAACGAGGAGGCCUUUGAAGGUAAGCGAGAGGCCUGUCCUGGGCCUGGAGUCGCUGUGACACCGUCACCUGUGUUGACAAUCUUGAUGCAGGCCGUCGACUAUGGCUGCGCCCAGGCAAGACGUAUCUCUUUGGGAGGACCGCAGCAGAGCCUUGCAAUCUCACAUAAUACCAUCUCACGCAAACACCUGACAAUCACUGUCCAAAGCGUCGCAGAGGGACAGACACAUAACCUAUCGAGCCGGUCACACAUUAAGAUUGAAGAUCUGGCGACAAAGAUAGGGACAGUUGUCAACGGACAAAAAAUCAAAGGAAGCGUCUAUGAUACCCAAGUUGAAGAGUACGAGAUCACGCUAGGGAAGAGUCCCAGCAAAUUCAGGCUGAAGUGGCAUCCGGCGGUCUUUACUUUCUCCUUCACAACCAAAGAACUACAAACUCAGCCCUUGACCUCCCUCAAAGAACGAUUUGAGCAGCUAGACAUCAAGCUGCUGACCGACUACAGCGUGAAACACACGACGCACGUCAUCUCGAAGAAGCGGAAUACAGCCAAAGGUCUACAGGCUCUCAUAAAUGGCAAAUACAUUGUCACGGAAACCUUUCUCGAUGCAGUCUCUUCCGUUACAGAGCCGCCAGACGCUGAAGAUGGCCAAGAGUCGAGCUACUUAGAAAGGGACUUUGACGAGUAUUGGCCCAAGGCCAUGGAACAUCUGCCUCCGCGAGGUAGUGAACCGAUACAGCAUCCAGACGAGCUAUAUACUCCCGAUGACAGUCGAAAAGAUGUAUUUGAAGGAUACACUUUCAUAUUUUACAGCCAGCUGCAGUACGAUAACCUCAUGGCACCCAUUACUAAUGGCGGUGGCAAGGCCAUGCUGCAUCCCAUCGAGCCAGAGGAGACGCAGGUUGACGACUUUGUUCGAUAUGUAAAGGGAGUUGCUGGAGAGAAAGGAACCGGAUCAUUCAACGAUGGCAGUGAAGGUAAGGGGGUUGUUCUCGUAAGAUUUCUCCCGGCCAAAGGAGAGCUUAUUGGCUGGUAUACCGAGUUCGUCACCGCGGUAUCACUGUUACUGGACCAUAGACCCAUCGAGCAAAACGAAUUCUUGGAAGCAAUUCUGAUCAACGAUGCAAGCAAAUUACGACGACCUCUGGAAAUAGAAUCGUCAAACAGAACUCAAAAUUCACGGCCUGCCGAGGCUUCGUUACAGGAACCCAUGACUCAACAGAGCAAGGCCAGUGUAACAGAAUCACCAAUACCAACGGAACCUUCACAACAAGGAGAUUCUCAGCCAAUCCCAAGGCGAGGGCCUAGAGUGCGGAAACCUGUCAAGAGGCGAUUCGCCGGCUUCGAUGACGACGAUGACGAGGGAGCAGAUGAACCGUUGCCCCCUUAUGAGCCGCCGAAGCGUCAAACGCUCCCACAGGAGGAUGAGGGUGGAUUAUUUGUCUCGCAAGAGCAAGAUGAACCUUUUAUGCCUGACGGCCAGGAUGUCGACGUUCGAUCCCACAGAAAGAGAUCACCCUCGCCCAUACCCGAUAGCGACCUGAUGGAAGGCUUGGCUCCGUCUGUGGCAAAGUUCAAACGGCAACGCCUUGAGAGGGGAGACGAUUUCGCCGCACCAUCACCCAAGCCUGAUGUACAGGUGGCCGAAUCGGCAGAGACCAAGGGUGCAAAAAAGAAGGCAAAGGAGGAACUAGAUGUUCUGGCAGUGGUCGCGAAGAAUCGCGAAGAGGCGGAAGCUCGAGCUCGAGCCGAGGCUGAAGACUUGGCAAACCUACCGGAUGGUAUUGACUUGGCUGAGAUCCGCCGGCUCAAUAUCGUUGAGGAGAUGGACAUUCGUAUCCCAGACAGAGCGUCCGGGAAGGAUAAAGAGCAGGAAAUCGCAGACGGAAGAUGGAAUCCCAAGUGGAAUGGCAUGAAGAAUUUCAAGAAAUUUCGCAAGAGAGGGGAAGUAGUGGGCAGGCAGCCCGCGAGGGUGAUCAUCGCCCUUACUGAAGUCAAGCCUAAAGAAUUCGGUGUCGGCGAUAAUUACUGGCUGGAAGAUGAGAGUAAUGACCGCAAGAAAACAACGAGCCAGGCAUCUGCUGUCGUGGCUAGCGCGGCAAGAACCUCUCCUUUUGUGAAUGCGCCGCCAACAAGGCGUGGUGCAUCCUCCACACAAGUCAUCGCUUCAGAGAGCAGCGACAUGGAGGAGGUGGAAGCACCAGAGUCCGAGCAGCCAUCCUCUAGAGCCAGAGGAUCAAGAAGAGAGGGGCCCGGUGCUCCAUCGCAGAAGAGCACUAGACAGACUCAGCUCUCAAGCGCGCAAACACGCUCGGGCAGCCAGGGGAAGAGAGCGGCCACGGAACCUGCGGCAGCUAGGGACCCGCCACCGCCGAAACGGACGAGACUGGCGACAACCCUGCUGGAGGUUGGAGACAGUGACGAUAGUGACGACGACCUCAAGUUUAGAUUUGGCAAGAGACGGUGA